CGAGGUGAACCGCCACAUCAUCCAGAAAUCCGAAGCAUAGCCGCGUAGGUCAUCACAACCGACCGGUUACAACCUGGUCGGUCGCUCAUCCCUUCAUCCGAGUUUCUGCCAUUCCGCAUCAUCUAGCUUUCAGCUCAAGUCCGACCGAAUAGCAAGGGUAUUGCCAGUGAAGGCUCCGUACUCAGAUCAUGUUCGGCUUACACGCGCGUGGUCCUGCCACCCUAUAACUAACUGAAUGAUUUUCUCAAAAUGACCCUUCCACUACCUCCUUCCUCACCCUGCCCCGCCGCUUAUCUCGUGAUAACAUAGUCAUACAAUUUCCUUAAUUCAGCUAUAACAUAUCCGCGUGUUGAAGAUGAGUCGUGGAGAAUAUGUCUUAGCUCUGGAAGUCACCACUGGAAAAAACCUCGUUGUUCCAUCACUAAAUCUCUUUUACGUCCUGGCUUCAACUUCUUAUGGUCCAUCGAAGACCGCGAUCAAGGCUGCAGAGUCUGACCGCAGCGUUUCUUGGAAUGAGACCAUCGUCAUCCGCAGGCGUCCCUCCAGAUUCCCCAGGUGGUUUCUGCCCUUCUUCUUCAGCACCUCGAAAGACGUCUACCUCAAAAUUUACGCUUCAUCUGAGUGUCGACCAAUGCCUGAUGAAGAUACGCUCGUGGCUACAGUCAAGACGACUUUCGAAGCAUUGCUCGCGCAUGAUGGAGAGUUCGUGUUUCCACAAAUUGUAAAUAAUAAACCUGCCCCAUCCAUAAGGUUGGAAGCACGGCAUGGACAAUUGAGUGACCGUUCCAGGCCACGGGAAAGAAACGUCGUCGUUUUCGGUGACGCUGGCUCAGGGAAAAGUUCGGUCAUCAACGCGCUCAGGCACUGGCAGGAACCGCUAGUGGAGACCUCUAACAAUACUUUCGGGUGCACUAGCAUCUCUCGACCCUAUGAAGUGGCGAUUUCCGAUAGGAAUUUUGUUCUGUUCGACAGCGCGGGACUCAAUGAGGAGCCUGGAGGGACAGUCCCGGCGGCAGAGGCGAAAAAAACGCUUGAAGAGCCUUCUAGCUGAGCUCACGAGCCCUGGAUCGGAUGGCGUCGGCCUUUUGGUGUGCUGCGUGAGCAGUACCAGGCCCCGUGAUACCCUCGUUCGGAACUACAAAUUUGCCAAGAGCUGCGGGGAGAAUAUCCCAAUCGUCGUCGUCAUCACAGGAUUGGAAAAAGAGCCGGAUAGUAUGAUGAACUGGUGGGAUUGUCAUGAGGAAGAAUUUACGAGUG